AUGGAGGCUGUUUUCGCUGUCAUCGCCAUCAUUUGCGCAGCUGCUUUCGCUGCUGAAACCGAAGAGAAGAAGGAGGACUUGGAAGGGGCUGAAUCCGGUCUUUACGGACAUGGGUACUACGGUGCUGGCUACCCAGGUGUCGGGUACGCUGGGUACGGCCAUGGGUACGGCCAUGGGUACGGGUACGGGUACGCCAGCCGCGGCUACGGUUACCCAGCCUACGGGGGUCACCUCGGGGGUUACGGAUACGGCUUGGGACACCAUGGGGGAUACCGUAGCAAGGGAUACGGUCUCUACUACUGAGAAAAAAGAUCUCGUCUGAUGAAGUGUCACCAAUUUUUCGUCUUCUUUUUUUUUAUGUGCUCAAUUUUUUGUCAUAUUUUGGAAAAGGGAAGAAGCCUCAGAAACAUUCAUAUUCAGUCUUCCCCCGAUAAGUAAUUAGAGAUGGUGAUUAGUUUCCUGUGUGCUGGUGAUGAUGACCGUCGACCUCAUCCUGAUGGUUAUAUAUUGUCGCAGUCUUGUCCGCGCGGACGCUUGUUCAAGCGUUCACUUUUUGUUUCUUGGUCAUUACAUCAGCAGUGAUGCCUUUUUUCAGCCAAUAAAAUGUGUCUUUCUCUGAGAAAAAUA